GUACCAUACUGGCGUGGUACAGCAGCGAUAUCGCUGCCCUUACACCGACACAGGAGACUUGCAGCUAGAAGUGGGUGCCGCCGCUUACACUUUUUGCUGGGUUGGCCACUCUGAGGCUGAUCUCAGAUGCGUUUCCCUGCGCGCUGGUGCUGGGAAAAGGGACACACCGAACAGCCUGAACACACCUCUACCUGCAGCGCCCCCACGUGCUGCCCAGCAGCGGCACCAACGGUAACGGGCGUCUACUAGCUACAGCACGGCGACAGCGCCCCUCCCGCUACGUUCCCCAGGGUGGGCGGGGCCUCCUGCUCUGUGGGCGGGGCUUCAGCUGAGCCAGUCCCGCCCGAAACUCUCUCAGUUGACGUGUCCAGGCCACGUCAGCUGCUGCUAGGAUCUGGCAGGUGAGUAGUACUACUAUUCUCCAGACAUGUAUAGCCGGCUUGAAACUCCAGAGUUUGGGGGUGUUUUAGCGACGUGAGAUUUUAUAUAUCGCGUUUUUCUCCAGGUGACCUUUACCAUGCUCAAUCUUGCCCUUUUUCGCCCUGUUCUUAUCACCUUCCAGGACCCCUCCGUGGCCCUACGUUCCCUCUGUAGCUGGUUUUCGCUUCCGCAUUCGUUAGGGUGCGAGAGACGGUGGCCGCGGCGGGUCAAGCCGGGGCAGCUGCGGUGCUGGCUUUGAUUAGUCUUCACUGGAGGUGGCUGGGUUGCCAUCAUGGAGACGCUUUACCGGGUGCCGUUCGCGGUGCUCCAGUGCCCCAACAUCAAACUGAAGCGGCCGAGCUGGGUGCACACGCCCUCGGCCAUGACUGUCUACGCGCUGGUGGUGGUGUCCUACUUCCUCAUCACUGGAGGAAUAAUCUAUGAUGUGAUUGUAGAACCUCCCAGUGUUGGGUCUAUGACAGAUGAACAUGGACAUCAGAGACCAGUGGCCUUCUUGGCAUACAGAGUAAAUGGACAGUAUAUUAUGGAAGGACUCGCAUCCAGCUUCCUUUUCACAAUGGGAGGCUUAGGUUUCAUAAUUCUGGACCGAUCCAAUGCACCAAAUAUCCCAAAGCUCAAUAGAUUUCUGUUGCUUUUUAUUGGAUUUGUCAGUGUCCUGCUGAGCUUCUUCAUGGCAAGAGUUUUCAUGCGGAUGAAAUUGCCGGGAUACUUGAUGGGUUAGUGCCUGGUGUGAUAUAUGCAAGCACAAAAUGGAUUUGCUUCUCUUCAUGAAGAGCUUAAAAACAAGCAAUCUAUAAAAAAUUAUACUGUCCCCCACAAGAAGACACAAAAAGGUCUAGUUACACGAACCAGCAAGUGCAAGAAGUGCUUCCAGCUGUCUCCUUUCAUUAAUAAAAAAGGUCAUUACCAGUGGCUGGUGUAUUUUUAAAACAGCAUUUUAUCACUAGUCUAUUUCUAUCUUUAAAAAAGAAAAAGUUACUGAACUGUUACUUAGCUUUAGGUAUGAAUUUGUAUCUUGAAACAAUUCACUAUAAAAUAUAAAAGUGGUAUUUUUCCCUUCCUCAUUUUUUCCUUUAACCUGACUGAGAUAUUGGGCAAAUGUUUUAUAAUUCCUGAUUUUAAAGUCUGCAGCACUCUGGCCUUUUUUUCCUGUGGCCUGCCCCAUACCAAGUUUAUACCUGGAGAGAAGUGUUUUGGUGAUGCUUUACUAUCAAACACACUGUGUCUAGUGAAGUUAUUUCUAAGGCACCAUUUGCCUUGAUAUUCAUGGCAACACAUUAACAAAUCCAGAUGUACACUGGGUACAACAUUGUGUGAGUGAAUUUCUUUUUGGAACAGUGUAUGAAAGGAGCCAAAUUAAACAUGUUUUCUACUAAACCA